AUGGCGGUUUUGUAGAGCUCGGUGGGAUUUAUACAGGCGCAAAGACGAAGACGUCAGCACGCGCUCCCGCUCCCGCGUGCUCACGUGACCACGAGGGUUCACCUGUUUCCUUCGAGAAAGACGGAACGCGACAUAGAACAUGCGGGUCUUCGGCAGAGGUCCGAGCGCCGUCGCCUUGAAGGAGGACGACAACGCCACUAGCCGCAGCCACCUGGGCGGUUCCUCGCCCGAUGUGCCCCUGCCGACGGUGGUCACUAUCUCAAGCGGCUACCGGCGCUUCCUGCCGUGCAUUUCCGGUCCGUUCGCCGUCUUCUCCAAGCUGCGGCGACGCCACCCGAGCCUGCUUCCGUGCGCCAUGUGCAUGGCCGUCGCCUGCGUCGGGCUGACGCUCGCCUUCGUGCUCAUGCGCCAGCAGGUGAGGCUGGACGCCGCGGGUCUCGCAUCAACCCGCGCCUGCGGCACCGAGGACUGCCGCGAGCAGGCCGCCAGGCUCGCCAGGCGCAUCGACGCCGACCGGGAGCCCUGCGACGACCUCUACGCGUACACGUGCGGUGGCGCUGCAGUCGACGCGGCGAGGAAGGGACACCUGUUGACGCCGUACCUGGAAAGUGUGAACGGCAUGAUUCAACGUGGCCUGGUACCGGAGGAGCGCAACAGUUCUAGCGCAGCGUACAAGGCCUUCUCCGCCUUCAACGCCUGCCUCGCGAGUCCCACAGGCGUUGGCCUCGUCCAGCCUUUCGCGGAGUUCAUGAGCGCGCGAAAGAUACCGUGGCCCCGGAGCCCUCCCGAAGACGCGGAUCCGCUGGACGUGCUCGUCGACCUGGCCGUCAACUGGAGGGUGCCGCUGCUGUUCGACGUGCGCUUCGUCUACACCAACCUCGACAACCCGCUGGUGGUCGCCGUCGACGAGAUGGGCUACGUAACCACGCUCCGCAUGGAGCAGCUGUCCGCUUGCGGCGAGAGCGUCGGCGAGUACGACGAAAUGCUGCGCAGCGUCGCCGGGUACCUCCGGCAAGACGCGCUGCUCUCUGACGAGGAGCGCCUCGAGCUUCGACUGGACGAGACGUCGGUCAGGACCAACGUCACGUUGGCCGUCCGAAUCGAGGAAGAUGAAGAAGAAGGCGACGUGUUCGUCGCUUCUCUGAACGACAGCGUGUCCUCCACGCAGAUCGGUCGGACCUGGCUGACCCUCUUGCAGCGCCACCUGGGCUCCGACGUCCAGCUGUCGCCCGCGACGAAGCUCCAAGCUCACAGCGAGCGACACUUCUACAAAAUCCUCGCCCUGUUGGAGACGUUGCCACGCGAGAGACUGCUGAACGUCAUCGGCUGGACGUUCGCCUACUCGUACCUGUGGAUCAUCAACCCGGACCUGGACCACUUCUGGCCCGGCAAGGAGUGCGACGUCUUCUACAGGCACGCGGCCUGCUUCCUGACCGUCCAGGAGUCGUUCGGCACGGUGCUGGUGGCGCCGCAGUUCCUCGCGUACUUCCAGCAAGCCGACAGGCAACGACUCUUCACCAUACUCGACGCGAACACGCAGGUCUUGGCGCGAGCCGUGCGGACUUCGAGGAGCUUGGGGGACGCCACCAAGCGGUGGGCCGUCGAGAAGAUCCUGGAGAGGACCCGUCGUCAACUGUGGCCGCCGGAGCCGUUCUUCCACACGCAGCUGCUGGACGAGCUGUACGAGAGGUAUCCCGCGACGUCGACGACCUUCUACGAGUCCUGGUUCGAGUCGCGGAGGGCCGUGCGCAGGAUGUUUAACAACAGUUACUACAGCCGCCUGAUGACCGGCAACGUGAGGUGGCUAGCGGGAGAGGUGCGGUACUCGUACGCCGGCAGCCUGCUCGAAGUCGGCCUCUCGGCUCUGUUCCCGCCGUCCUACUACCAUCACGACACGGACGCGUUGGCCUACAGCGGCCUGGGUUUCCAGCUCGCCAGGGCGCUGGUCAGAGCCGUGGACCAGCGCGGCCGCACCGUCGACGCCACCGCGGUCGCGGAGGAGGUGUGGACGCAGGUCGAGAAGUGCCGUCUGGACUCGGCCAACACCAGCCGCGAGAGGGACGCCGUGGCUCGACUGUUCGCCCUGGAAGUCGCCCUGGCGGCCCUCGGGGAGAACGUCGAGCUGGACCGGCUGGACAGGCUCGAGGGGCUCGAGCGGUUGACGGGUUUGCAAACCUUUUACGUCAGCUUCUGCGCCAACUUCUGCGACCAUCCGCGUGGCGCGGAGCUGUGCAACGUAGCGAUGAACGCGACCGGAUAUGGCGACGUCUUUGAGUGCCCAGGUGCGCCGUCGCCCGCCUUCGCACGCGCUGGGAGGCCGCGCUGCUCAGCCCCGCCCUCGAGGAUCAACUGUGGGCCGUCCAGAGGGCCGAGGAUGCCGCCAGGACCCACGAACUCCUGGCCGUCACCUAGGCGGGGCCUUUGGCCCUCCCCACCAACUCGCAGGACACACAAUAAGAAACGCACAAAGGAGAGGCGGACGCACACCGACGGCGGUUUGGCCUCGAUUUCCCUGAACAGCAAGCGCGGCUCACAACAGCGCCGCGAGGGUUCGUCGUCGCAGCUCGCGCCCGCCGCCGUGGCCGCGGGUGAACCCAAAAUAGUGGGCCUCAACGAUCCCGGUCGCCGACAAGGCGGUGGCGCAGCUCGUGCCGCCCUAGACUGGGGAGCGCGCGCCGGUGCCCAUCAGCGUUAA